GAGCUAGCUAACAAAUGGGUGAACCAAUCAAAAACAGUUAUCGGUAAAACGACUUAGAAUUUGGCAUAUGACAGAUGUACGGGGUGGUAACCAAAAUUACUUACACAACAUAACCUAUACUUUUUAUUUACAGAAAAAAUAAAAGUAUUCCUCAAAAGUCAAUAUGUCUUGUCCCGGUUUGUAUUGUGGCAGAGUUCUCUUACCCGAUGGCUCACUUAGUGAUUGUGGACCCUGUCCCAGGGGAUACCGUCGAAAUGAGUCUUUCGUUUGUGUAGAAUGCAGUGAUAUCCCAUCUUUAUACGACUGGUUAUAUUUGGGAUUCAUGGUUUUAUUGGUAUUGGUUCUACAUUGGUUCUUUAUAGAUAUGGUAUCCGUUAGAAGAAGUUUCAACAAAGACAUUAUAAGUCUUCACGCAGUGGCAUUUGCUGAAGUUUUGCUAGCCUCCAUCCUCACUCUCUUGAUAUCUCACCCAAUGGGAUCCUUCUAUAUAUAUAAUUGUAAGGUUCGAAGUAUAAAAGACUGGUAUACUCUUUUCCACAAUCCUACACCCAACUAUGAGAAAAAGGUACACUGUACUCAAGAGGCUGUAUAUCCACUAUAUACUACCGUUUUUUUGUUCUUCGGAUUAUGUUUGGUCCUAAUGCUGAUCAUUCGACCUUGGGCGUGUCGAAAAUUCUUGCCACGUCAGAGUAAAAUGUCCAUUUAUGCUGCCAUGUAUUUUAUACCCAUACUUGUCCUUAUACAUGCCCUAAUAGGAGGAUUGCUUUACUACUCGUUCCCGCACUUGGUGCUGAUCCUGUCUGUGGUGUCAUGCGCCGCCCACUUUGCCGUCAAGAUGGACCAAAGUAUCUCGUCGCUGAUUCUGACGACGGUCUCUGAGCCGCGAAACGUCGUCAUCCUGCUGGGGCACUGGUGCCUGCAUGCGUACGGCAUCGUGUCCCUCACGCAGCUCUCCAACCCCCACCUGCACCCGCUGCUAAUCCUACUCGUGCCGCUCCCCGCAGCCUUCUAUGUGCUGACCGCGCGCUUCACUGAUCCCAACAAGUCACACUUUUAGUAUUUGGUGUCUAGUAGUGGCGGCAGAUGGGGAGCGGCGACGAGGGAGGAGGGCGUCGGAGGGGCCAACGCAGUUAUCCAGCCUCGAUCUGCCAUCGUCGAGAGCCAUUGAGUUUGCAGCACGAAAACGAAGCUAUGUCCAUGAUCGGCUAUCCUGGUUUUACCUCUUUUAAUUCGGCUCAACCCAUUAGUGCAUAGCCAAAAAACUUUUAGAUCAGUUUUGAAUUUUAUGAUUAUUAGAGGUUAAUGUGAUGUAAAUAAAAUCUAGAAUUUUUUUCCAAACUAUA